UUGAUCAACGUUUGACGAAUUAGAGAGUUGAGGCCUCUUUUGUUUUGAAUUUAAAGGAAAUGGCGUCGUCUUCCAAGAGAUCUGGCAGACCGGUGCUCCCUUUUCGGAGAUCUGUCUCUCCGGCUGGCGGCUUCGCCUCCUCGUCAGCCAGCCUCUCUGCUCCCUUCUUGCAUCACCGAUCGGCCUCCCCUACCCGCGUCCACCUGGCCGGUGCUGGGUCUUCCGGAUCUUCCUCCGUUCGCUUCUCCCUCAACCGAUCUGCCUCCCCCGGACGCUCCAUCGCUGCGUCCGACAGCCGAUCAUCUCCCGCCCCGGCCCGGCGCACCUGCCUCUGCUCUCCUUCCACUCACCCUGGAUCCUUCCGCUGCCACCUCCACAAGGGCCUCAACGGCGGCGGAUCCGCGGCCGCUUCCUCGCCGUCGAACAGGCUCAAUGCGCGGAGGUCCGCGAUGGCGAACUCGCUGGUCCGGAUCGGGGCCGUGGAGGGCGAGUGGGUGAAGCGCGCGCUCUCGGCGCUCAUCCGUCCCUCCUCCCACCAACAGCGUCGGCGGGGAGCCUUCCAACCCCGCCCUAGCCGCCUCUCUCGGAUGUCCAACGCUGCCGAUCCUAAAUCUCCGUCGUCCGAUCCACCGAUCUAGAAUCAGUAAUGGGAGUAACGUUCCCUCGCUCCGUUACGUUCCCGUUGGGCUUCAAGUUUGGAUUGCGUCGCCGUCAAGUUCUCAUCGUUCGCCGGUACGUUCCGUCAUCUGCGAGGGAAUUGCCUCAGGAAGCUACUUGAUUCAGUGACUCGGCCACUGGUGAGAUGAAUCGUAAGAAUUAUUUAUUUAAAUCAUUUCGAUAAAUAGAUAAAGGACAUAAAAUAUGAUGACUAGGUCUCAAUUAAAACUAUAAUAUUAAAUCACUUUAGUAUUAGAACCAUUCACUUAACACAAUAAUCAUGUAAUGAUUUUGAAAUUCUAUCAACGAAUUUUAGAAAAUAGAAUAACUUCAAAGUUCAGAAGAUAAAGUGAAAGUUUGGUAGAGGAAAACAUUAGGUGAGGACAAUGGACAAGUCCAUGUGGAAGCCAUAAUUGUGGUGGGAAAAUUGUUAGUGGAACUGAACCACCAAGAACCUAAUUCACCUUCAAAUUAUUUCAACAUCAAACGCAUAUUUAAAAACUACAAAAGUGAAACAAAUAAAGAAACGUUGGGUGGGUUAGUUGGAUUAGCUAAGCAUCACCAUUUAAUAUAGCACGCAUAUUUUACCAUUACAUUAUUUUAUUUAUCAUUUUAAAUUUUAGUCUAUAAAGGUGACGCAACAAAAUUUAACAUGUUAUUUUUUUAUCCUUUUAAUUAAGAAUAAUGUACCUAAAAGUAACAUAUUGGAUGUUAUAUUAAUAAAUAUAUCAUUUUAUUGUUUUCAAAGGGUCAUCCCUUAGUGACAAGUGGGAAUAAUCACAAUAGUUGAAAUCAUAAGGAGAACUUGUGAUGGUGGAGAUUGGAUCUAGAUGGUGAGGAAGAAGCUCCACCAGAUUUUGUGAUGACAAAAAGGACAGUUUGGAUAAUGUCUAUCAACAUAAUAUAAGCAUUCCCUUUCAAAUUAAUUAAUUAUAGAUAUUGUUCUUAUUAAAGAGUCACGGAACCAAGGUUAUCAUCUUGAAAUAUUGGUUAGUGGCUAGCAGGAUCUUGUGUAUCCCAUGGGCUUUGACUGGAACAGUUGGCCACAGUUUAUUAUUAAAAUUUGGGAAACCUAAAGAUUUUUUCUUUUUUUUGUAAAAUUUUACAAAAGAAGUAUUAGAGGGAGAUAUAAUUAAUUACAAUGAUGAAUUUAUAAAUUAUUAAAACAAUUAGAAAAUGUAUACCGGCCAAAUUAAUUAACACAACAUUAUGUGUAUUCAUCUGUUCCUUGUUUAUCAAAGACAAAAUUAAUACAAAAGUGCGAUUUGAAAUAGUAUUUUAGUUGGGUAAGUGUGUAGUGGGAAUUGUCCCGCUUGCUAUGGGUAUUCAGAUUAUGGGGAGAUCGUAGAGAAAAGAAAGAGAGAAAGGGAAGAUGAGAAGUAAAACAAUUUUAAAAGAAAGCGAAAAUAAUGAUAAUUCUUGCUUUUGUUCUCUUUGUCAACUCAUUUUUCCAUCCCAUGGGCAUUGCAGUUGGAAAAUUUGCUACAAAGGAGGUUUAUAUUAUAUAUUUCUGUGAAAGUCUCAUUUAUAGAUAGUUAUUGGAUCAAAGUAUAGUUAAAGAAAAAAAAACUUAAUUACUAAUUAAUUAAUAUCCAAGAUCUAUUCUGCUCAUAUAAAAGAGUUAUUCAAAAGAUCGUACUGUAAAAGUUUCUUCCAGACUAUUUGUUUCCCGAUCCACUGAUUACAAUCAUAUCAAGUAGUAGCUGUGGGCAACUAUAGCAAUGGUUAGUGGUCGUUUUUUUUCCUGGUUUUUGAUGGAUGAAUUUUAGAAAAAAGAAGAAAUGUUGACCAAUGUAACUGAUGAACGAGCCACUCUCUAGAAGAGUGACAGAUAAGAAUCAAGCGAGGUUGAAAGGAAAAUUUUGACCGGAACAAAAGAGGCUGCAAUUGUCAAAUUUACUUCUAAGAAGUCCUUUUAAAGUGGUCAUUAAUCCGAGCAUCAAGUUUAAGACAUUGUUUUUAGAGAAAGAUGUUGGGCGUGGAAGCAAAGGCGACGGCACUGACAUGGAAGAUGAUAGAAGUCAAUUAUGGCACAGGACUUUGUAAGAAUCCAUCUUCUCAUUCUAGAAGAAAAAGGAUAUUUUUCACCGGCGCCUGUUUGAUUUCCCGUACAGAUAGUUAGGCGUAGGGUCGAUCGUAUGGGAUAGUUAUGACCGUUUGCAGAAAAAGAAAAAAGAACAUUUUUCCUAUUUAUAAAGUGGUAUUUCGAAAUAGAUGAUAAACAAUCGAAGAUGAUAAGAAGGAUUUUAGGCAA